UGUCGUUAGAACGACGUCAGCGUUGAGUCGCUGAUGCAGAUGUCAACUAUUUGCACUAUAGCUGAUUUGAUAUUCACAGCGAAAUUACUCACAAUUUAGACACAUACCUAGCUAUCUAGGUAGUGCGCCACACAUUCCCUUUUCCUAUCUAUGGAGUUUUUGCAGUUUCUAUCAUGGGCGUGCAUCGUAUUUACAGUCGGGAUGUUCUCGACUGGACUGACGGACCUGAAGAAGAUGAGAGCUUCCAAAAGUGCAGAUAACGUCCAGUUCCUCCCCUUCCUCACCACAUGCCUCAAUAACCUGGGCUGGCUGUAUUAUGGGAUACUGAAGACGGAUGGGACUCUGGUCCUGGUUAACACCAUAGGAGCCUGUCUACAGUCCCUCUACAUCCUCUCCUACUGCCACUACACCAAUGACAAGAGGCGAGUGACCUCUCAGACGUUACUAGCAGGAGGAGUGGUCUGUGGAGGCUGGCUGUACUUCAGUGUUGUCCUGCCUCAGGGAGAGUCUCAGCUGGCCCAGCUAGGUCUCACUUGCAGCCUGUUCACUAUCAGCAUGUACCUGAGUCCACUCGCUGACCUGAUGGAGAUCGUGCGUACUGGUAGUGUGGAGCGUUUGUCCUUCUCUUUGACUGUAGCUACCUUCCUCACCUCAACAUCCUGGACGCUCUAUGGACUACAGCUGCAAGACUACUAUAUCAUGGUUCCAAACACGCCAGGCAUUGUGACCAGUCUCAUCCGGUUCUUCCUGUUCUGGAGAUUUGCAUCUGCCAAUCAAGGCGUGCCAUCCUAUAAACUCAUCGAAAUCUAAGUGGCUGGAGACUCACACCAAUGGUUACAAGAGAGAGAGAUAACAGGCUUCUUGACCCUAUCAUGGUCAGGCUGUCAAUCACUGAUAUUGUUACUCAUAUUGUAAAUGAUUCAUGAUCACUCCUACCCACCAAGGGUUUAAGAAGACUUUCUCCUCUCAAGGCAGAAGCUGUCCCUAAUCACAGAUCUAGGAUCAGAGUACCCUAGCAAUGGGGGAUGAAAAAUGAUGAAUAAAUAUCUGACCCUGUAUCAGUGGUUAGGGGCAUCUUCCUCAUCGUUCUCCCUCCACCACUUCCUUUUUGUGCCUUCUGUCCUAGUCUGGGACAUCAUUACUGAGAACUCAACCAUGGGUGGGACAGUCCUGCCCUGUCAAUCACAGUAGUCUCUGUUGUCCAGUGGAAUGUUUUUUGCUCAGCAUCAAUGCGCUGCUAUUGGUUGAAUCGCUCUAACAGGGCAGGAUGAUCCCGCCUCUAGUGGGGUUUGAGACCCCCUCACCUUUAUAGUUGACUUGUCUGUCCUCAUCACUAUGGUACCCUGUGAACUAGGGGUGAACAACUCUGUUCCUGGUAGCUACAGUAUCUGCUGGGUUGUUAUCCUUCUCUUUUAACUAGACUGAUGUACAGUGCAUUUGGGAAGUUUUCAGACUCCUCGAGUUUUUCCACAUUUUGUUACAUUACAGCCUUAUUCUAAAAUGUAUUAAAGUGUUUGACAAUACCCCAUAAUAACAAAGCAAAGAGAGGUUUAAUUGUUUUUAUUUUGUACAUUUAUAAAAUGGAAUUAUCACAUUUACAGACCCUUCACUCUGUACUUUGUUGAAGCACCUUUAGUAGCGAUUACAGCCUCGAGUCUUCUUGGGUAUGACACUACAAGCUUGGCACAUCUGUAUUUGGGGAGUUUCUCCCAAUCUUCUCUGCAGAUCUUCUCAAACUCUGUUAGGUUGGAUGGGAAUGUUGCUACACGCUAUUUUCAGGUCUCUCCAGAGAUGUUAGAUUGGGUUCAAGUCCAGAGACUUGUCCCGAAGCCACUCCUGCCUUGUCUUGGCUCUGUGCUUAGGGUCAUUAUCCUGUUGGAAGGUGAACCUUUGCCUCAGACUGAGGUCCUGAGCGCUCUGGUGCAGGUUUUCAUCAAGGAUUUCUCUGUACUUGCUCUGUUCAUCUUUCCCACAAUCCUGACUAGUCUCCCAGUCCCUGCCGCUGAAAAUCAUCCCCACAGCCUGAUGCUGCCACCAUCGUGCUUCACCGUAGGGAUGGCGCCAGGUUUCAUCCAGAUAUGAUGCUGCCACCACCAUGCUUCACCAGAGGGAUGGUGCCAGGUUUCAUCCAGAUAUGAUGCUGCCACCACCAUGCUUCACCAGAGGGAUGGUGCCAGGUUUCAUCCAGAUAUGAUGCUGCCACCAUCAUGCUUCACCGUAGGGAUGGUGCCAGGUUUCAUCCAGAUAUGAUGCUGCCACCACCGUGCUUCACCGUAGGGAUGGUGCCAGGUUUUAUAUGAUGCUUGGCAUUCAGGCAUUCUUGUUUCUCAUGGUCUGAGAGUCAUUUAGGUGCCUUUUGGCAAACUCCAAGCAGGCUGUCAUGAGCCUUCUACUGAGGAGUGGCUUCCAUCUAGCCACUACCUAAAGGCCUGAUUGGUGGAAUUCUGCAAAAAAAGGUUGUUCUUCUGGAAGGUUCUCCCAUCUCCACAGAGGAGCUCUGUCAGUGUACUUGGUUACCUCCCUGACCAAGGCCUUUCUCCCCCAAUUGCUCAGUUUGGCCUGUCGGCCAGCCCUAGGAAUAGUCUUGGUGGUUCCAAACUUCUUCCCUUUAAGAACGAUGGAGGCCAUUGUGUUCUUGGACCUUCAAUACUGCAGAAAUGGUCUGGUACCUUUCCCCAGAUCUGUUUCUCUACACAAUCCUGUCUCGGAGCUCUAUGGACAAUUCCUUCGACCUCAUGUCUUGGUUUUUGCUCUGACAUGCACUGUCAACUGUGGGACCUUAUAUAGACAGGUGUGUACCUUUCCAAAUUAUGUCCAAUCAAUUUAAUUUACCGCAGAUGGACUCCAAGUUGUAGAAACAUCUCAAGGAUGGAAACAGGAUCAAUGGAAACAGGAUGCACCUGAGCUUAAUUUCGAGUCUCAUCGCAAAGGGUCUGAAUACUUAUGUAAAUAAAGGUAUUUCUGUUUUUUAUAGAUUUGCAAAAAUGUAUCUAAACCUGUUUUCUCUCUGUCAUCAUGGGCUUUUGUUUAAGCUUGGUGAGGAUUAUUAUUUUAUUUUUAAAAUCCAUUUUAGAAUGAGGCUGAAUAAUACUUUCUGAAAGCACUGAAUACCUGGAUAACCAGACGUCUAAGGUCACCUGGAUAACCAGACGUCUAAGGUCUAAGGUCACCUGGAUAACCAGACGUCUAAGGUCACCUGGAUAACCAGACGUCUAAGGUCACCUGGAUAACCAGACGUCUAAGGUCACCUGGAUAACCAGACGUCUAAGGUCACCUGGAUAACCAGACGUCUAAGGUCUAGACUCGCUAGUUAAUCAGUUAUAUGAAUGGAUCAGUUAAGUACCACGGAGAGAUGAAGAGGCUCCUAGUAGUACUAGUACUAGUGCUCCUAGUAGUACUAGUACUAGUGCUCCUAGUAGUACUAGUUGUAGCUGGGGUGUAGAGCCCUCAGUUGUCCAUCCCUACUAGGGUUGCCAAACUCCAGGAACUUGUUUUUCCAGACAUCCUGGUUGGAGGAUUCACAGAAUCUGAAGGGAAUAAGAAGGAAAUCUGGAGCCCUCCAACCAGGAUUUCUGGAAAACCAGGGAAUUUAUUGAAAGUUCCUGGAGUUUUGCAACCCUUUCCCUACUCUAAGCAGACAUGGCAUGUACUCUACAUCAUCGGUACUAAGUCUCUAAAUCCAUGAACUGAGGGAAGACUAAGAAUUCCAUUCUUAUUGUGUUUCAUGCACAGUUUUUAUUUGUUGUAUUUGGGCCGUAUGUCUUCAUGUGCACAAUGUGUUUAUUUGUUGUGUUUGGGUCUUCAUGUGCACAAUGUGUUUAUUUGUUUUUAUUGGUCCAAACUAAAUAUACUGUAAGUCUAUUGUCUGCUCUUUUUGUUCUUGAUGCAUUGGAUUGUGUAUAGGGUAUUCUACAUAUGCUAUUUUAAUGGGAUAUUAUCACUCUGGAAAUAAGAGAGUUGGGGCUUUGCUGCUUCUUCAGACUGAUUGAAUACAUGUUUUAUACUGUUUAA